AUGUCGGUGUGGCGUCUGAGAGAAUGCCCUGCACAGCCAGACACUCUUAAGACCAUCAAUGAACUCUGGGAAGGCCUUACUGAGCUUGGCCAAUCCUUGGGGCCGGUUGCAUCUCAUAGGCUUGAAAUGGUGUACAGGUUCAGUUUGAAACCCGGUACGACCUUCAUGUUGACUCUGUCGCCAAUGGUUGCAGUGAAGUUGAUGGUGGUGGCUGUUCUGCCUCGUGGAUUGCUGCUCUGGCGUCCGACAACAGAGCGCUGUCACCCAAGUGAAGUUCCUUUAUACCUCGCAAAACGAGAAAAGGAUUACACAAGCAAGCUGAUCAGCUACACGGUUGAUGCCAUAGUUCCUGGCACUGAAAUGGAAAGUGCAACAGCAAUGGUCACAUGCACCGAUCUAGCUGGCAAUGAAGUCCACAAAUUGACAUAUUCAACGACGACAUCAUUGCAGAGAGUGUUGAUCGAUGUAGCAGUAGAACUUCAUGAGGAGGACUUACUUUUCAAGAACGAUGUUAUGAUUAAGCUGAUCAAGGGAGAGGCGGUCCUGACACCGAAUGACCUUCUUCAGACAAUCUUAGAGGAACCUACGUCAUCUUGGGAUGAUCCAGAGACAGCGUGGCAAGACCGAUGCUAUCUCAGAGACAAUUUUGUUGGAGCAGACCUCGGUGGGCUGCAAAGCUGGAUGGGCAAGCUUAAGAUCAACACCCGGACUGUUCAGGCCAAGGCCAAGGCAAAGGCCAAGUCCAAGGCGAGGCCGGCGACAAAGUCCACCAAGAGCCCGGCGGCCAAAAAGGCAACAGAAAGGAAUCUUCUGGGCCCACUUGGAGCUGAAUAUGAUUUCCGUGGAAUGGUGGAAGGAGUCAAGAAGAAUGGCACGAAAGGAAUCAAAAAGCCAGCGGCAGCAAAGAAGGUUGCAAAGAAGCCGCUACCAGCCAAAGAACUUGGAGAGUGGAUGGCAGAGAUGUCAGCUCGAAAUCAGGCUGCACUCCAGGCCGAAAAGGCCACUAGUGAUGAAUCGUAG